UAGUAGCGCAUCCCUACUGUCAUCCCUAGUCUCUUGCGAUAUAUUUUUAGGGUUAUAUUUUGCGCGCGCUAAUAGCGAAUAGCACAGCCGGCGUUUCUUGAAAAAAGUUAAAAUAUAGCGUAUACCUGUUUAGUAAAGUGACUUAACCACCGAUGAGCGGCUGACGAACCUGAGAGUUUGUACAGACAAGAACACCAAAUCCUCGGACCAAAAUGAUAACCCUACUAAUACCGCUGGCGGCCACGGUGCUGCCGAUUUUGGCUAUUCUUUUUGUGACUGGCACGUUUCUUUACAAGUUAUACAUUAAUAUUCGUUCUCGCUACAACGCCCGGGUCAACUGCUGGUUUUGCAAUGAAAACACACGAGUUUCCUAUGGAAGUCGAAACAGUUGGACCUGUCCAAAAUGCGAGCAGUACAAUGGAUUCACCAAGGAUGGGGACUACAACCGGGACAUGACGGCGCAGCGGGACUGCAGCCUCGGAUCCCAGAAGAACAGCUCCCAGGGCAGCUCCAGCAUCUGCGCGAACUCGUACUAUGCGGACGUCCUGGCUUCGAAUCCUCCAGUCCCCAAAAAUGGCCUGUGCGACCAGUGUAACGAGGCGCAGCGCCUGAAGGUCGAAAAGCUUUCGCAAUUCGAGCCCAAAAACGAGUCGCGAUUCGAUCAGGAACUGAAGGUGUACCGAGAACGACUGGAGAAGCAGUUUCGUCUGUGCAGCAGCUGUGAACGGCAUGUAAAUAAGGUCCUGCACGAGAAAAAGAAGAUGGUUUUAAGUUCCAAGUUCCUAAACUAUAUCAUCAAGGGAGCAUCACUUCUAAAGCAGCCGCACUUUAACCGCUUGGCCAGUGCCCAAAAGCAGCAAAAACUUCAUCGAUACCGCGUGCUGAUGACCAUCCUAACCGUGGUCAACAUUCUGAGCCUCCUUUGCCGCAUGCCACAUGGAACAGUCGAUCAGUUUAGGUCGAUCCUAGGCAAAUUCCUGGGAGGAACCUUGUUUUAUGUCUACUCUCAUGUGCUGGCCUUGAUCCGAGUGGUGACUGUUGGCGUGGGCACUUUCCUGGAACAGGGGGAAACGUCAGCCAAAAUAUUAUUAUAUGGCCGUACCUUAGGCAAACUGUUGCUCUACUCAGUGGGUUUGAGUCAACAGCAAGUGCAGCAGGCAACCUUCGCAUCAUGUUUCGUUGGGGUCUAUCCUUAUGUCAUGUUGGGCCUGAGUUUCCUGCACAAGAUUAACGACGGGCUCAAGUUCACAAGGUUCACCAUUGUCCUGCUGUUAUGGAGUGCGUAUGCAACGGGAAUUGAACUCUUGGCUUCCAAUAUCAAUGGAAUCUCUUUUAUGCUGCUGGGCAGUAUCUUCACCUUAGGUUUGUUGGCCACCAACCGAUCCAAUCUCCUCAGACAAGCGUGCCCGGACGAGUCCUCUUGCGAGAGUUUCCAUCGUCUCUGUGCGGACGAAUGCGAUGAGGAAACGCUCAGCAUGCUAAGCCAGCAGUUGAGUGGAUGCAGCAAUAACAGCAAUGGCAAUCUUUCCGUGCCCUCCGCCUCAGUUUGCCACUCGCCCGUCCCCACGAUCUCACAGAGAACAAUUCAAGGGCCGGGUUCUAUGCUGUCCCUGGAUUCUUUGAAUCUGUCGAAGCAGCGACUGGGACAGCAGGCGUGGUCUUCGAACUAUGGAGGAGCUUCUACAGUGCAGUACGCCCCGCCCGCCCAACCAUCGAUGAUGUUCCAGCAGAAACCGAUGAGGCCGUUGGAGUCUCAAUGGUAUCAUCCUGGAUCCAACAACCUGGCCCAAAACCACGCUUUUACCCGGUCCACACACAAUCUGUUGAUGCCAUCACGUUUGCCACCAAUGAGCAGGAAUGUUGGUGGCGCCGAUGUAGGUGCUUGGGUGGCGUCCAAUCAAAGCAUCAACCAGGACCUAAGCACCGCCAGUCUGAUGAGACACUACGAGGAGAAGCAGCAGCAGCAACUCUCCCGCACCUCGUCGCAAUCUUCCGGAUUCGAGUCUCAGACCCGGCCAGAAUGUGGCACAAUUGCUUCAGCGUGGAGGGAUUGCGGCUGGUCCGAGUCCCGGGGAAGUCAACGCAACCUUACGGUUGUUCCGCCCCUAGCAUCUCCCACGCCCACAUUGGUGGCCAGUGAUUGUCAAUACUCGAGGACAACGCUACCGCAGCAACAGCCAACAAUUCAACCUGGAGAUUUACUUAGAAGGUGGAUCGAAAGCAGUUCGAAGACCUCACAACCCAUCCACUGAAUUGUGAUAAUAGAUAUUUUAGAAAAAUCAGAGAGAAUCAUAAGAUUCAAAAAGAUCACAAGGAGCUUAGGGUUGCAGAAAAAAAUACUGCCAGUCAGAACUAUUAAACAUUUUGACUUAUUUUAAUUAUCAAAUAACUUAUUAGAGACAUAUUUAUUAUUUUUUCAUAUUGCUUAUGACUAUCAAUAUUCAUUUGUUUUCCUUUUUUCACUAAUAAUGACUAACAUAUGUUUUUUCUAUCAGUAGUUUUGCCUAUCCAUUAGAUUGCGAAUUCCUAGUUUUUUGUUGGGGUGUACAUCUACCCCAAGUUGCCUAUGAGUUUCGUGCACAAAAUCGAGAUCAACUUUAUAUCAGCAUAACAAUAGAAAAGCAAGUUCACUUUAGUUGGUUGAUUUUGAACUCGAAACUCGUCUAUAUGGCUUAAGGCUCAACUUAACACUAUUUCCUUUAAAUUUUAUUACUAACAUCGAAAACUAUAUAGAAGAAAGAAUUCAGUAAAGGACACUUAGUUAUGUAUUUAAGUAAGAAUAAUCUUAAGGCGUCUGUUUUUAUAGUUACGGAGCUUCUCCUAAAACUUUAUGACAAUUUAUUUAAUUUAGAUCAAUUUUUUAUUAUACAUACAAAUGGAAGUUUUUUGAAAUAAAGGUGGAAUAAAACUAAAAAGUCGUA